GCUGCGGAGAGAAGACACAAAACUUGUUUACAAAAUGUCAAAACGCAGUACUCGCAACACUUUACAAGAAAGAAAUGAAAACGCACCAGAACAAAAACCUCAGAGGAAAAGAAAAGGCGAGCAGUGCAAUAGAAGGAUCCCAUCAGCAGCUAAAAAACAACACUUUGAAAUUAAGAACCGGUGUAGUGAAGGUGAUAUUGGUCCCAGUGUCUUAAUCGAGACUCCUCAGAAGGAGCUUCAAGAGACCAGUAAUAUCUCUGGAUUUAAGCAUUUCCGAUUCAAGAAUCUCUUUGUUAAACCCUCUCCGCUCCCGUCCCUCAGUUGGGCGAGUUCAGAUGACGUGUGGAUAAAGAUGCUGAACAAGGAGCUGAAGUACGUACACGACAAGGGCUUUAUCCAGCAACAUCCAGCUCUGCAGCCCAAAAUGAGGUCUAUCCUACUGGACUGGCUCAUAGAGGUCAGUGAAGUUUACACACUCCAUCGGGAGACGUUUUACUUGGCUCAGGACAUAUUUGACCGUUUCAUGCUUACUCAGAAAGACAUUGGCAAGGAUCAGCUUCAGCUCAUUGGCAUAACGUCACUCUUCAUUGCCUCAAAGAUUGAGGAAAUUUACCCUCCAAAGCUCCAAGAGUUUGCUUACGUGACAGAUGGGGCCUGCAGUGAGGAGGAGAUUCUUGCAAAGGAGCUUGUCAUGUUGAAGGCACUAAAAUGGGACCUCUGCCCUGAGACCGUCAUCUCAUGGUUGAAGCUCUACGCCCAAGUGGACUCUUUGCAGGAUAGCACCAAUUUCCUCAUUCCUCAAUUCUCUCAGGAAACCUACAUUCAAAUCACACAGUUGUUGGAUCUUUGCAUUUUGGAUGUUAAUUCUUUGGAUUACCAAUAUGGAGUCCUCGCUGCUGCAGCAUUCUGUCACUUUACCUCGUUUGAAACAGUCCAUAAAGUUUCAGGACUGGCAUGGGACAGCAUAUCAAGUUGUGUACGGUGGAUGAACCCAUUUGUUAGGACAGUACAUGAGUGGCCCAGACCGCAGCUGAAGGACUUCAAGAAGGUCACUGCUGAAAAUUAUCACAACAUACAGACUCAUGUGGACUACCUGGCUAUGUUGGGUGAAGUGCAUGACCGGCAACAGGAAAGCUUGGACCGUAUGUCUCCUUUGGCUGUAGGGGGAUUAUUGACCCCACCUAAAAGCACUGAGAAACCUGUUAAUGUCUGAUGGGUUUCCAGGAGACCACACUGGAGCCAGUCUUCAUUCAAUACAGUCUCAGCCCAGAGAUCUUCCAAUACAGGUUUAAGAAAGACCUCCCAGCCCAAAACACUCAAAGAGACUGGCAGUUGUGUGCGGUACUUUUACACAUUCCAUGGUUGAGUUUUAUUAGGUUGUUUUUGGGAGGUCUUCAUGAGGAAACAUCAAAAGAGGCUGAGAUGCUAUAGGUCACACAACUUUCAGACCAGACCUGUGAAAUCCACUGGUUUGAUUUCCCAAGCAGUAUCUAAAGCACUCAAAAUUGCCUUUCAGCAAGGAAUGGAUUAUUAUACAUUUUUGUAAAGAUAGAGAAGUUUAAUGUUCUUGGACUUGAAAUGUGUAUAAAAUUUUUUUGACUAUGUUGCCAUUUUAGAGGUUUUCCACACAAAUGCUGCUCCUUCAUGGAUCAAUGUUACAGUUAAUGUUAUGUAAAUACAAUUUAAUUUUAUUGAGUGUGCGUGUUGUGAAACGUAUGUUUAGUCUACACUGCCAACCUAGUGGUGCUAACUUUGCUUGUUCUACAGGAAGACCCAGUAUGGUGAGCAGAAUCGGUUAUUGGCGGAUGGUGUGUUGUUUUUUUUUUUUUUUUUUUUUUUUUUAUAAAUAAGUUGAAAGACAUUCCUGAAAGACUUGACUAUUUCCACCCCCUCAGAAGUUAAUUUAACCAAUCUAAAAAUUUGCAAAUACAAUUGCAUAUUUAUUUCACUAGAUAGAUUUUAAAUAUCCUUGUAAUAUUUGAAUUGUAAGUUUUCUUCCUUAAUGCCAAAGGCAUAUUUAAUGAAUUGAGGUGCUUUUCUAUUUAUAAAUUAAUUCCUUCCUUUUGUGUUGCAUAGCUUGGUUUACAUUUUUACUCCUGGACUUGAGCCAGUGUCUGUAAACUACAUUGUUAGUAUAAGAACGCAGUGUAAAAUAACUGAAUUGUACAUAAAAUGUAUGUGUACAAAUAACAAUGUCCAACUGUUUCUGUAAUGUAAAAUU